CUCUCUUCUGCCUCUCUCUCUCUCUCUCUCUCUGCUUUUCCCUCAUUUUAUAUCAGCGAAGCAAAUUCACAAUCCCAAAACCCUUUUCGUCCCAAACCCUAAGUCGAAUCUCAUCUGUCGAAAUCAUUUUCCGCCUCUGUAUCCAUGGCGAUACUCUCCGAUUACGAAGAAGAAGAUCACAAGCCGAAGACUAGACCCUCAUCAUCGUCGGCGACAACUAAGCCAUUCAACGCUGUUUUUGACCCAUCGAACCCACUAAGGUUUCUCGAAACUGCCUUUGAGUUCGUGGCUCGCGAGAGCGAUCUGUUCAGGAGUGAGUCGGUGAUCAAGGAUGUGAAUGCGCUGGUUCGGUCAGUGAAGGAUAAAGUGGAGUCUGAGGAGAGUAGAAAGAAAGCAAAGGUUGAGAGCAGUGGCGAGGCUGAGAAGAAAGUAAAGGUGGAGCCUGCUGUGGGGACGUCGACGCCGGCGGCGGCGGUGAAGCAGGAAGGUAAGGGGGAGCCAAAGAAGGAGGAUUUGAAGAUGACUGACGCUAAGGAGGACGAGAAGAAUGGGCCUCGAGCUCCCAAUAAAGGCAAUGGCCUUGAUCUUGAGAAGUAUUCUUGGGUCCAGUCUUUGCCAGAGGUCACUAUUAAUGUCCCUGUACCUUCUGGAACAAAAUCGAGGUCUGUUGUGUGCGAAAUAAAGAAGAACCAUCUGAAAGUAGGUCUCAAGGGUCUGCCUCCAAUAAUUGAUGGUGAGCUCUAUAAACCUGUGAAACCUGAUGAUUGCUAUUGGAGUCUAGAGGACCAGAAAACUGUAUCUGUUCUCCUGACUAAGCAGGACCAGAUGGAAUGGUGGAAGUGUGCGGUGAAGGGAGAUCCUGAAGUUGAUACUCAGAAAGUUGAACCAGAGAACAGCAAGCUUUCUGAUCUGGACCCAGAAACCCGAUCAACUGUGGAAAAAAUGAUGUUUGACCAGCGACGGAAGUCCAUGGGCCUGCCAACUAGUGAUGAGAUGCAGAAACAAGAGAUGUUGAAGAAAUUCAUGGCUGAGCAUCCGGAGAUGGACUUUUCAAGGGCAAAGAUAAGCUGAUGGAUCCCGUUUUCUGCUGCUGUAGUAUAUGACAUUAUUGAAGAAAGUGCUGUCUUUUGGAUCAGUUUUUCUGGGCCGCCUUUGGUUGAACUUUUGUCCAUAUGAGCUCUUUGCAAUCUGUUUAUUGUAUGCUUUUGGUACUCUAUUAUCACCAUAACCUUAGUCAAUCAUAUGAUCUGUAGAAUUUCGGUAAUGUUCUGCAUUCACUUUGGUAUUAUUGAUUUUUAUGCUACUUGUUCAAAGCCAUUCUAUCUUUUGGUUUCUGGAUGUACUAUUGAGGGAAGCCAUAAAAAGCAUCUUGAGGGAGUAUCGUAGCUUCUCAAUGACACUGGCAUUCCCGACUACAUAGCACAGUUUUUUAGAGUCUUCUGAAGAAUAUGCCCAUGAAGAUGUAGGCCCAUGAUGAAUCGGACAAGGUGCUUUCUUGAAGGGAACAGGGAUGUGGGGGUGGAUGAGGAAAAACAAUCCAAUGGCGUAGAUUAUACUUGGUUUUCGUUUAAGGCUAUGAUAUGGGAACCCUUUUACAGUCUCUACAUGUUUAAGGAAUUGAAGGUUGCGGUAAAAUCACCAUAUGGGUAUAGAAGCUAGAGCAUGAGGUUGAAUGAGAAGGGAGGGUCUCUGAGAAUUGUAAUUUGGUUGGGAAGACGGUGAAAAAAGAAUACUAGGGAAAUGCUUUUCUUCCAGGUCUACUAUUUUGUUUUACAGUGUGUG